AACAAUUAUGAGACACAGCUCUUGGAUUAGCUGCUGUUCAGACUUGAGGAACAUGUCAAAGGCACCGGAUAGCAUCCUGAGGCGCCUAAAGGUGCGACGGCAAAAGCAGCGCACUAUCCUGGCCAUGAGAUGGCGCUGUGCCAAGGGCGGCAAGGAAUUCAAGGAGCUGGAUACCUUCUAUCGAGCCAUCAGGCCAUAUCUGUGUGUAGCACAGCUGUUUGGCAUCAUGCCCCUUUCGAAUGUACUCAGUCGGGAUCCGCAGGAUGUAAAGUUCCGCCUCCGAAGCGUUGGAAUGUGCUUUACGGGACUGUUCUUGCUGCUGGGAGGGAUCAAAACUGUAAUGCAGGCGAACAUUCUCUUUAGAACGGGUCUGAAUGCCAAGAAUAUGAUGAAUUUGGUUUUCUUGAUUGUGGGGAUCGUCAACUGGUUGAACUUUACUGGCUUCGCUCGUUCCUGGUCGAAACUCAUUCUGCCCUGGAGCUCUUUGGACAUUCUCAUGCAGUUUGCACCCUAUGCUCCGUCCAAGCACAGCCUUCGAUCUAAGCUACGCCUCAUAGGCUGUGUCGUGGGAUCUUUGGCAGUGGUGGAUCACUUGCUGUACUAUGCCUCUGGCUACUACAGCUAUCACAUGCACAUCUUUCACUGCCACACGAAUCACUCGCGUCUGUCGUUCGGAUCCUAUUUGGAGAAGGAAUUCUCAGAAACCUUCGAGCUGCUGCCUUACAACAUGUUCUCCGUUUGCUAUGGCUUUUGGCUAAACGCAGCCUUCACUUUUCUAUGGAAUUUUAUGGAUAUCUUCAUAGUCCUCACGAGCAUUAGUCUGGCGCAGCGGUUUCGGCAGUUUGCAGAUCGGGUUCUGGCAUUGCAGGGUCGUCAAGUUCCGGAUACCCUGUGGUACGAUAUCCGCCGAGAUCACAUACGUCUCUGUGAGCUGGCGAGCCUCGUGGAUGAGAGCAUGUCCAACAUUGUGCUUAUGUCCUGUGCAAACAAUGUCUACGUCAUUUGCAAUCAGGCGCUGGCUAUCUUCACCAAGCUCCGUCAUCCCAUUAAUUAUGUGUACUUCUGGUACUCGCUGCUCUUCCUGCUGGCACGCACUAGCCUUGUCUUCAUGUCCGCCUCCAAGAUACACGAUGCCUCGCUUCUGCCCCUUCGAACGCUCUAUCUGGUGCCCAGCACUCACUGGACAGAGGAGGUGCAGCGGUUCGUCAGUCAAUUGACCUCAGAGUUCGUUGGACUCUCUGGCUAUCGUUUAUUUUACCUCACACGCAAGAGUCUCUUUGGGAUGAUGGCUACACUCGUGACCUACGAGCUAAUGCUCCUCCAAAUGGAUGCCAAGAGCCACAAGGCUGGUCUCCCCGAUCUGUGUGCCUAAAAAAUUGAGUUUCAAUUAUUUUAUGCCCAUGUUUUGUGCAACAGGAAGGGCGUCAUGGG